ACUUGGCAGCGUGUAGAGUAUAUAAACAAUACAACACCAUGCGUAAGAGACAAAAAAAAAAAAAAAAAAAAAAGAAAAAUCAGAUGACACCAUGCGUAUUGCAUGUCGAUAUUCAGCCCAUUCCUCCAUCUUCAACGCUCGACUCCAUUGGUCCAUAGGUAAAACAAUCGAUUCUUCUCUAAAACACAUACUUUCUCUUUCAUUACUUAACAUACUUGUUAACGGAAAUUUUGACAACGCUACUUGAGAAUCGAAAUCUCCCAAAAUCAUCUCGUUUGUAACAGAAAUUCCCCUAACCUGCAUAACAACGUCGAUAUUCCGAAAUACACACAGUAGAAGAAGAGGAGUUACACAGCAAGCGUGAAAAGCAGUGUUAGAGAGUUCAUUUAUCCAUUCUAUCAUCUUAAUUAAGGUCUUUUUGAAAUUCGAGUUCUGCUGUAUACUUUGACGUUGUACCUGGUUUCAGGUUUAAUUGUAAAUACACAAAUUUUGGAACGAUUGUUUUGAUCACGCUUCACAAGAGUCAAAUCAUAUCUCUAACAGGGUUGUAGUAUCGUGCUUAGCCAUGGAAAUUUCAAUUCUAAUGGGUUCCAGGAUACGAGAUUUGGCAAUUGAAAACUGUGAUUCAUUAGGAAAAAAAAGAUGAAGCCGACGUGUGGGAUUUCUUCAUCGCAGGUUUUCUUCUCUGUGGCUGCUGUAACUGGCUGCAUCUCUGUCAUUUUCAACAUGACUUCAAUUGACCCUGUUUUGGAUUCUUCUGGUGGUAUAACUCCAAGAAGGGCAUUUAAGUUUGGGCCUACAUAUGUGGUGGAACCUAAAGGCAAACACCAAGCAACCAUUGUUUGGUUGCAUGGCCUUGGUGAUGAUGGCUUAAGUUGGUCACAGAUCUUGGAGACCCUUCCUCUUCCAAAUAUCAAAUGGAUAUGCCCUACUUCUCCUGUUCAGCCAUUAACUUUUUUGGGGGGACUUUCUACAACUGCAUGGUUUGAUGUCAUUGACAUCUCUGAAGAUGCAAUUCAAGAUGUAGAAGGAAUGGAUGCUUCAGCAGCACAUGUUUUGAGCUUGCUGUCCAAUGAGCCUCCAAACAUCAAACUUGGUGUAGGAGGGUUUAGCAUGGGUGCAGCAACCGCAAUAUACUCUGCAAGUUGCUUUGCCCGUGGAAAAUUAGGAAAUGGCACCCGUUACUCCGCCCAUCUGGCGGCAGUUGUCGGCCUUAGCGGUUGGCUUCCAUGUGCAAAUCAUCCAAGUAACGAGGUUGAAGGCCCAGCUGCAUCCUUGCCCAUUUUGCUCUGUCAUGGCAGAGGUGAUGAAGUUGUUUGGUUUCGCUAUGGUGAGAAGUCUGCAGAGAAAUUAACUUCAGCUGGAUUUGAAAACUUGACUUUUAAGUCAUUCCACUCGUAUGCAUGCGACUUUUCUUUCAAUUUCAAUCACUUUCAGCUUCCUCUUUCUAAAAACUUAAAAAACAGGCUGGGUCAUUAUAUAAUCCCAGAAGAGAUGGAUGAAGUCUCCUCAUGGCUAACUUCAAAACUAGAGCUUGAGGGCCCUCAACCUAAAAUUGUGUAAUUAAAUUAUGUUUGGUUAGUGUUGUGUAACAGUGAAACUAAAAUUGUGUGUUAUAUUUCCCAAUAUAUGCACAUUGCCAAACAACCCAAGUACUAUUCA